GCCCCCCCCCAGCGCGCCGGGCGGUCACGUGGCGGCCGCGCGCGCGCGUCCCCGUCGGCUGCGGGGCUCCGGAGCCGAGGAGAAAAGGCUGCGAGGCGGCUGCGGCGGUGGCCGAGAGUACAGAGAAUGAACCAGCAGUGGGAGAGAAAACCCUCUAAGUUGGCUGACAGCUGGUAAAGAAGAUGCUUUAUUUUUGUGACAGGUGCCUGUGGGAUCUGUGAUAGAAAUGAUGGCUGGCUGUGGUGAAAUUGAUCACUCGAUAAAUAUGCUUCCUACAAAUAAGAAGGCGAGCGAGUCCUGUUCCAGCGCUGCACCUUCUCUAACAGUUCCCGAGUGUGCCAUCUGCCUGCAAACGUGUGUUCAUCCCGUCAGUCUGCCCUGUAAGCAUGUUUUCUGUUAUCUGUGUGUGAAGGGCGCUUCAUGGCUUGGGAAGCGAUGUGCUCUUUGUCGACAAGAGAUUCCUGAGGAUUUUCUGGACAAGCCAACCUUGUUGUCACCAGAAGAACUUAAGGCUGCAAGUAGAGGAAAUGGUGAAUAUGCGUGGUAUUAUGAAGGAAGAAACGGGUGGUGGCAGUAUGAUGAGCGCACUAGUCGGGAGCUGGAAGAUGCUUUUUCCAAAGGUAAAAAGAACACGGAAAUGUUAAUUGCUGGGUUUCUGUAUGUUGCCGAUCUUGAAAACAUGGUUCAGUAUAGGAGAAAUGAACAUGGACGUCGCAGGAAGAUUAAGCGAGAUAUAAUAGAUAUACCAAAGAAGGGAGUAGCUGGACUUAGGCUGGACUGUGACACUAAUACUGUGAGUCUAGCAAGAGAAAGCUCUGCUGAUGGUGCGGACAGUGUAUCAGCACAGACUGGAGCUUCUGUUCAGCUUCCAGUGCCGUCUUCCUCAAGACCGCUAACAUCAGUUGAUGGUCAGUUAACCAGCCCCGUAACACCAUCCCCGGAUGCAGGCACUUCUCUGGAAGACUCUUUUGCUCAUUUACAACUCAGUGGAGACAGCAUAGCUGAACGGAGUCACAGAGGUGAAGGAGAAGAAGAUCGUGAAUCACCAUCUUCUAGCAGAGUACCAGACACUUCUGUUGAAGAAACUGAAUCGGAUGCCAGUAGCGAUAGUGAGGAUGCCCCUGUGGUGGUUGCACCGCACUCCUUGAACCAGCAGAGACUUUUGGUUUCAAAUGCAAACCAGACAGUAGCUGAACGAUCAGACCGAUCGGGCACUGACCGAUCAGUAGCAGGGGGUGGAACCAUGAGUGUCAAUGUCAGAUCGAGAAGGCCUGAUGGACAGUGCACAGUGACAGAGGUUUAAACAGCCGUCUCCAGUGCCACACUCAAGGGUGAAAUGGAUACCUGUAAAUUUCUGCCCACAUAACAUUAUACUCAUCCUUAGUAGUGCAUUGUGGGAGUUGGGGUGGGAAGGGAUAUGGGAAGGACAGACCUGAAAUUAAAAUGUCUUAACAUGUCUCUGUUGAAAUUUAUUUAAUGUGAGGAAUUGGGGUGUUGAUAUUUGAGAGCUGUUCAGUAAUAACACAGUUUUCUUGACAUCUGUUUACUUUAUAGUGUAUUUUUUUGUCUUUAGUUCUUUUGGCCAGUGUGUACCUGUGCAUUAAUGGCCCUCAUCUGACCCUUGCACUACCUUCUUUUUCUGCAUGGAUUGGUAUAAAAUCAUUACUAAAACUUGGCACCUGUGAGAUAUUGGAUGUCAUUAUGAGCAGGAAGCUUAACGUGGAAAAUAGAUGUGGAUUUGGGAUUUAAAAAUAGAUGACUAACGACUACUUUAUAGUUGGUCUUACUGAGAUAGAAAUGUAAAGCAGCAGCUAAUAAGUUGUUUCCGGAUCUGUAACACACUUCAUGCCGUUCCUUUCCAUAGGAUUUGCUGUCUUGUCCUUGUACUUUGAGGUUUCUCUUAGUCUGCAUUUUUCUUUUUGAUUAAAAAAAAUUUAUAAUUUAAUAAAUACUAGAGUUUAUCAAAAAUAAUGUUUCUUGUUUGAGUCUGAAAAAGGGAUGGGGGUACUUUGGUAUUUGUGGCUAAAGAGCUUUUUAAAAGGUGGGGUUUGACUUGAUUGUAUUCGCUCAAUUUGUCCCUACUCAGAAGUCUGAUUUCUUCAUAGGAGAAUGUGUACAGAGAAGCUAUCUAUGGCAUUGUGUUUGGAAUAAAAAGAUGUGGAAAAAGA